UACUAACAUUCAAGCGAAAAGUUGUAGGAAUGCUUUUAAUUUUUGCAAUUGUACUUUCGCAAAAUUAACUAGUCUUCAGAUUGAAAACCGUGCGUGAAUACGUUUGCUGUGUUUUACAUGUUUAAGAUGUGAGCACACUGAAGCACUUCAUUUGAAUUCUUUCAAGAAUUUUUGACAAUGCUUUCAAAACCAGAACAUGAUGGCGAAACUGAAGGAAUGGUGUAUAGAGAAUACAUGGAAAUAGAAACUGCUAAGGAAAUUUCAGAACAAAAUGUAGAAACAAACAUGGAUGAAAAUUCUAUCGAAGGGUGCGAGGAAGAUGGCGACGUUCAAAAUAAAAUGAAGAAAAGCAUUCUAGAUUCCGUUGCUCACAGCGAUGGCUUUUUCAAAAGCCAGCAAAUUGGCGAAAAAGAUUUGACGUUUUUUGAGAAGAGAGAAAUAGCGGCCGAUCUCUUAGAAAACAAUUUGCCCGUGUUUUUGCAGCGUUAUUGGAAGUUUAUUAAAAGCAAUGAUGUACAGUUUUUUGACCAAUAUCAAGAAAAUUAUGAAGUAAACUUUUAUGUCUCGGAAAUGUGCAAAUUUCAUAAUUCUAGGAAAAGUAAAGUAUGCAUAAGGAAUCGUAGAUACGAAGCUCUUAAACAAAUGGUGGAUAAAGGCUCGUAUUUUAGUGAAAACGAAAUGAAAAAACGUAGUCCAUUUCUUUUCGAACAGUUUAUCGGGAAACAUAUGACAGAGAAUGAAAAAAUCGCCGCCUACAAAGAGCAACACAAAAAUGACACCUUUGCAACUUUUCUUAUGGACCAGAUGGAGCGUAACGUUGAAAACCAGUUAUAUAAGGACCAAAAAGAAGAAGAUGAAGCUAUUAUUGAAGAAGAAGAUGAUGACACAGAAGAAGAAUCAGAAUUAGAAGAUGAUGUCCCAGCACCAUCACAGCAAAGCACCAUCACAGAUGAAGAACGGGCUCUCCUGCGUGCAGAGUUCACAAAUAUAAUGUAUGAAAAUUUCCUUGCAGGAAAGGAUGCAGGAUUUGAUUACAGCUCUGUUGAUGACAAUGUGGAAUAUGAUUCCGUGCAACAACGAGACAUUGAUGAGGAAGAGAAAUAUUUUGAUGAUGAUGAAGAUUAAAUACUUAUGUACAAAUAAAACUGCCUUUUAUUGAA